AUGGACAUAUCUGCGCUAGUAAAUCACGAUGGGGAAGCCUCGGUGCUACCGCGCCGUUCACUCUCCAAUCCCCAAUCACUCUUCUCAUCCUCCCCCGUCACUCCCGCCGCAAAGAUACCGACGCCUAAACCCAGCCAGAAGCAGAUGUCGCUCAAGCGGAAGCGCCAUGACCCCAAGCCGAUAUGGGCCUAUCGUGAAGGCGAAGAACUCCCGCCUGAGCUCAAGCAGCUGCAAGAGCAACAACGCCAACAAUCACGUCCGCCUCCACCUGUCAUAGCCCAGCCGCAGCCGCAUGCGCAAGCUAUACCAUCGCAUCACCCGCCGCCUCGACCUCAACCUUCACCCAACGCCGAGCGCAACGGACACGCGCCGAGCGAAACUGGCGCGCCUCCCCCAGCAGUCGGUGCUCCCGGACUCGCGGGCUUCGAGCGACCCAUCUCAGACGAUGCGCAAAUCUACGAUGACGUCUCGCGUAACGUAUGCGACUUCAUAUGGAACACGGCUGUCAACAACGAAACAGUGCGCAACGCCAUCGUGGAUCCAAAGGUGCAGCUCGAGGUCGAAGCACGCUGGGGUCAGAUCCUCGAGAAAACGACGAACCAGCGAAUACGCGGCUUCUGGCGCACCGAAACCGUAAUAAACACCGAGAUGCUAGAAGUCAAGUUCGAGAGCACUAUGACUGUUCAACAACACAAGCGUAUGAACAUGUACCUCAACACGCAGGUCCAACAUUCCAAGACAUCUGGAGGUUCACGUCCCGCGAUCGACUAUAGACAUACCUACGAGACGGACAUUUUUUAUGAACUCGACCAGGACGGCUUCUCCAAGUUGAACCCUAUAGUCCAGCGCCUCAUUAGCGCAUCUGGAAGCCGACAGAAAGUCCGUGUGACGCGCGACAUGAAGACGGGCGAGUUCCUACGAGCCAUCAUAAAACACCGGAUAGGCAACCUCGAAGUCAGCUCUCCCAAGACGGAAUGGGAUUACCGCAUCGGCAUCAACCUCGAAAUCGACUUUCCGGGUCCGAUCGAGAGCCUCAAGCCCGCUCUGGAAGGAGGCAAGACACUGGAGAGUAUGCAGCGGCAAAAGGAUCGCAUGUCGUACUCGUGGCUGGGCGCGUACCAAGUCGAUCUGACCCAGGUCACGCAAGGAACCAGCAAGAACCACGAGCUAGAGCUCGAACUGGACUCUGGUGUUCUCAUCGCAGAGGCGGACAAAGUGAGGCGGAAGGAGGUGACCAAGUUUGAGAGCUUGAUCAACGGUAUGAUGAAUAAUCUGCGGGUUCUGUCGCGUGAAAUCACGCCUCCUGUUCCCGGUGCGUAG